AUCAUCACCCGGCUUGAACGUGAGCAUUCCUUCUACUGGUACGAAAUCCGAGUGUUCCUGAGCAGUAUCGGCUACGGUUCUGUAGUGUACAGUGACGGUACAGUUAGGAUCAGCUGCACCACGAUCGCAGCGCACUUUGACUUUGAUGGUGCCAACAUUCUCAAGACACAUGUAGUGGGCUGGAUCGAACUCGACAACGACUACUUCGGACUUCUUCACUAAUGGCUCAAUCAGCUCUUCUGCUUUUUUCUUCAACUUCUUCUUUGUGAUAUCUCCUUGACCGACAAGUUGACGUGUCGCCUGUAUACGAUAAAAAGCUCGGCUUUUCUUCUGACGACUGACUACCCGUUCCGUCGCCAAUUUCUCCAACUCAGCGACCGGAGCAUCAGGAUGUUGCGCACGAAGGGUUUUGAAGAUCUCCAAAUACUGUUUUCGGUGUUCCUCAAAAGCUAUGGCAUCCGCAUCGGUGUUUGCUUGGAUGAGAGACAUUCUGCAAAAAUAAGUUCGAUUCGGUUUCGGAAUGAAUAUCGACUUGCGGUUUCCGAUCAGCCAAAGUAG